UUUGCGGGAUAGCCAUCGCCCGUCGCGUGUAAAUGUGAAUAUUACAGGUGUGUGGAUGCAAGGGGAAUACUUCACAACAAAAGAGAGACUCAGGAUGCCCUCCUGGGACCAAUUUAGCGAGGGGUCGAUCGUUGGUAUAAAAGAGAAGACAACAAUGGUUGCAGGCCAAACCCGAGGCGUGCUCUCCUCACUGCAAAAGGUCUUCGUUCUCGCAAGUGUUGGUCUGACCCUGUACGGUGGCUGGCUGGUGGGCUCGGUGGCAACACACAUGUACAAAACCAAAGAUGAGAGAAGACAGAAGGCCCUAGCUGCUGCAGCUCAGGCCGUAGAAGGGCCGGUCACACAAACAGACGGACAGACACAACAGUAACACAAGGAGCAGAAUGCAGCUUGGAAGGCUUUACCUGCUUAGACUGGAUGGAAAAGAUGUGAUUUCUUUAGCAAAAAUAGUCGCCUUUGUCCAGAGAAUUUUGUGUAAAUCAUGUGUAAAUACUGUUGUUAGGAUAGCCGAGAUCAGUGCAUGUAGUAACUGUAGAUGAUUCUACCUUAGCGAUGAUAGCAUUUCUCAAAGAGUAAAAAAGCAAACAUGCUCCAUUUGUUUGACAUGUCUGGAAUGCAUAGUAAUACAAUGUUAAAGAGAGACUUGAUCAAAUGCAGGAAGUGCUCAAAGUUUUGUUGCUGAUACCGUAGGGAAGAUCAUAUUCUUUGGCAAAGAGAGAGAAAAUGGCUUGUGUGUAAUGCAUUUGUACUGUUACCAGUAGCAUGUACCGAGAAUGUAAUAGCAAAGGAACUUAAUGAGGGUUAACAUUGCCUGAAUACUUGAGGUAAUUUUCUCCCAUCUUUAUUUCAACUCUUACAAAUAAAAUACAUGUACCUACCACAUUUCCUAGUCACACUUAUUAAUUACGGUACUAACGUUACCAAGUUUGAACAAGGGAAUUUGAGACCUAUCAUUGCACAGAUACAAUCUUAAAACACUUUUAACACAACAUGAGAGAAUUAUCUUGAAAGUACAUUUGUGUUGGUAGAAGUCAGUCUUCAUCAAAGUUGAACUGUAGUAGCCAACACA